CUCCUUCAUUCGGCUCUGGCUGGGCCAAGGCGAGUCCCGCCCGCCCCUUUUAAGGCAGGGCAGGAGGGCGGCUGGGAGUGAAGGAGUUGCCCAGGUGAGGCUGGUUGGAGAAGGUGCCUCAGGGAGGGCCAGACGCAGGCUGACUGAGGACAAGUGCGCAGCUCUGCUUGUGUGUUUCCAGGCGGGAGUGGUGUCCGACGGCCCCUGGAGCGGGCGAUGACGGCCGAGGGCGCCCCUGCCGCCGCCUCCGCCUCCGCCUCGUCGUCGUCGGGGAAGGCGGAGGCGGGCCCUGCGGAGGGAGCGGGCGCGGGGCGCCGCCGCAAGCGCCCGGUCCCGCGCGGGAAGCCGCCCUUCAGCUACAUCGCGCUGAUCGCCAUGGCCAUCGCGGCCUCCCCGGAGCGGCGCCUGACGCUGGGCGGCAUCUACCGCUUCAUCACGGAGCGCUUCCCCUUCUACCGCGAGGGGCCCCGCAAGUGGCAGAACUCCAUCCGACACAACCUGACGCUCAACGACUGCUUCGUCAAGGUGCCCCGCGAGCCCGGCCGCCCGGGCAAAGGAAGCUACUGGGCCCUCGACCCCGGCGCCCGGGACAUGUUCGACAGCGGGAGCUUCCUCCGGCGGCGGAAGCGCUUCAAGCGCGGGGACCUCUCCACCUACGCCGCCCAGGACCCCGCCGCCGCGGCCUACUCGGCGCCCGUGGGCUUCCCGCCUCCGCCCGCGGCCCUCUUCGCCCUGGAGAUGGCCCCAGACGUGACGUCACCGUCGCCUGGCAACCACUGUGCCUUCACAGGGCCCGGGGCCUACUCCAGCCAAGGCUGCGCCCCUGGCCCUGGCCUGGCUAGGCCUCACAGCGCCCAUCCGUAUUCCUACCCUCUCAACCAAGGCGCCUAUCCUGGUGGAAGCAACUUUGGCACCUCUGCACACCUCGGGGUGCCCGCCUCGCAGCCCCUCAGUGGUGACACCGUGGACUUCUAUGGCUACGGUUCGCUGGCCCACAGCUACGGUGCCGCCGGAGGGCAACUCAGUGGCCCCGGGGCCUACCUGCGGCACUCCACGUACCCCAGCAGCAUAGACAGAUUUGUUUCUGCCAUCUGAAGCUAGAACAUGGCAGCAUGAGGCAGAAGUCCAAAAUGGGCCUCCCAAGCAGCCCCAUGUCGUCGUCGCCGCCUUGCUGUGCUGUUGUCUAAAGCAUGUCGACUUUGUGCUGUGAGGAGGGCUUUGCCCAACCUGGCUUCACCGUUUUGGUCUCGGUGACCACACUGGGUGCUCCUGUGAAAGGAACCGAGGUGGGACAUGUUGACAGAAAUGUGGCCCCUGGUCCCGUGACUACUGCACUAUGAUAUAAAAUGACCAUGCUGAGAGGGGAUACUGGGAAGACACGACUGGACAUCUAUGCUAACCAUUUUAUGCAGCUUUAAGACAGUAUCGAAGAAAGGGGUUUCACUGUGCAGUUGAUUACUGGACACAGGAAAUCCUGAAACUCAAAGGCUUUCAUGGCCGGAAUCACUGGGUUGCUGUGAGUUUUCCAUGCUGUGUGGCCAUGUUCCAGAAGCAUUCUCUCCAGACGUUUUGCCCACAACUAUGGCAUGCAUCCUCAGAGGUUGUGAGCAUGCCUGCCGUAGAUGUGGGCGAAAUGUCAGGAGAGAAUGCUUUUGGAACAUGGACAUACAGCCCGGAAAGCCCACAGCAACCCAAUCCCGAAACCAGUUUGAGGCCCGGUUGAUGAUUUCUCAAACCACGGCUGGAUCUACACUGCCAUAUGAUCUAGAUUAUCAAAACUGCUAAUCCAGAUGACACUAUGUAACAUGAUUUAAAUGUCCUUUUCUAAUUAGUUUUAUCAUAAAAACAUGGAAAAGGUUUAUUAAACUUCAAAAACAUUGUGUUGUCAAAGGCAUUCGUGGUUUGCUGUGAGUUUUUCAGGCUAUAAUAAUAAUUUCGUGCCCGCCUCUCCUCACAGCUUGAGACGGGUUACAGAAAUUGCAUGGUGGCUCAGUGAGUUAAACCCAUAUGCCAGCUGAACUACUGACCUGAAGGUUGAGUUGCUGACCUGAAGCUUGCUGGUUAGAAUCUGUGAUACAAGGUGAGCUCCCAUCUGUCAGCUCUAGCUUGCGGGGACAUGAGAGAAGCCUCCCAGCUAUCAUAUCCCUUAGGCAACGUAUUUGUAGACAGCCAAUUCUCUCACACCAGAAGUGAUUUACAGUAUGUUCUCAAGUUGCUUCUGACACGAUAAACCCAGCAUUACUAAAACAUAAACAAACAUAAUCAUUUUAAAACACUCUGUAAAAUACACAUAUUAAACAUACCUCCAUAAAAUAUGUAUCAAAAUACACACAAAAAAACCCAGGUAUACAGCAGAGUUUAAAAUUCAGAAUUAAAACUGUCUGGGUAGGCCUGCCGGAAGAGAUAGGUCUUCACUUGUAUGUUAAAUUUCAACAGCUGAUCCAGCUGUCAGAGCCCUAUCCAGCCGGAGCGGCUGAUGAAAAGGUCUGUAGGAGAGCUGUAGGAGACAAUAGUGCUGAAGCAUGGCUAUACAGCCCAGAAAAACUCAGCAACCCCUGCAAAAGUUUUACUGUUGUGGAACAUCCUGCUACAGCACAUUUUGCUUUAGUUUUUUCAUUAAUAUCUUGUAGAGUCUCAACCAAUUCAACAUAGUUUGUGGCAGCCACAAAAACCAAGUUUCUGGAGUAUAGCACCUACUUUCAAAGUAAGUACUACACAAUUAAACAAGAAAUAACACUUUCAAACCGGGAACAAUUUUUUUUCAAAUUUUGUUACAUAGUGUUGUCUGUGUUGAUUGGAUUUUGUGAGUCUACACCGCCAUAUAAUCCAGUUCAAAGCAGAUAACCUGGAUUUUAUAUGGCAGUAUAGUUGGGACCUCAGAGACACAUUAAGAGCUUGCUUUCUUUCACUCACUUUUGUGGUCAUUUGUUAACUGGCCACCACAGUUUGAAGCUGCAUUCAGUGGUCCGCGGAGAUGGAGCCAUGGAAAAAAAUUUUCAGGCAGGACUGUAAAAUGUGAACAUCUCAGCUUUUUCAAGUCAACGUUUGGUCUUCCUUUAUCUGUUCUUUCCUACUUGACUUUGUGGGCUGCCUACAUUUCUCAAAUGAUAUGCUGCAGAAGUUGUCUCAAUAGUAAAAGGCAGCCACUCUUUUUCUUCCAUUUUCCGAGGUUAGCCGGGUUUCUAUCAAAGUAUGAAUAACUAUCGCAGGUGUGUGCUUCAUAUCCUUAAUUCCACAUUUUCACUGACUCACAAAUUCAUUUGAACAAAUACAUUUGGGGUCAGUGAGUCACACUUCCUUUUGAAUGCUUCAGAUAAAUGCUCUCUAUAGCUUUGUUUUCUGAUGGGUUUGGGACUGUAAUAAAAUACUUUUAAAAUAGACUUUGCUGGACAGCUCUACUGAUUGUGGAUACUAUUUGUAGAUACGUAGAUUUUCCUUACAACAGGAAAAAGAAACUGCUUCUUGAUGAUUUGAACAACAACUUGAGUCAAAUGUCCACCCUAUUUUCAUGAGUUUGAGAAUAUAGGUAGUGGUCCUAUAGCCAAAUAAUAGUACUGUACAUUUAUUAACAUCUUAAGGAUGAAAUGUUGCAACAAAAAAAAAAUCAUUGUCUUAUCAGGGAUUUUUGCUUUAUGAAGCAAAUGCCUGCAAAAGAACACAGCUAUUUCCCUAUGUUGAGCAUACUGUGUUUAUAAUCAUGUGUAAUAUACUGUAUGUAUAAACUGAGGACAGGUUUUAGGGUCAAAAUUUUUUAUUUUGAUAUGACCUGUGAAUAGUCGAGGGUAAUUCUAUGGAGAGGGGAGAGCACUGGUGCCAAUUCAGGGCCAGCCUUUUCUGGAUGCUGCCCCCACCAUCUCUCCGCUGAGGCAUUCAAAAAGACCAGAAGUGGCAUCAUAGCGGAGAGAAUAGUGGGGGUCGGUGCUUCUUUUAAGUUCCGUUGGUACAGACUAAUCUCUAUUCAGAGAAGUGAUGUUUCCUUUUCUGUAAGAGAUAAGAUAUAGUACUGACAUCGACCCAUGAAUAAGUUGGUUGUUUUUUAUUUCAAGAUUUAUACAUUAAUAUAUAGACUAAUUUAUCUCUCAGCCUCUCAGCAUUUGUUGUUAAUUGUCUAGAGAUACUUAUUAAAAGUCUAACAAACA